CAUUUCCUUCCUGUCUUUAACGUUGUCAUUGUCCUGGUGGGUGGUUCCUUCCUGAGUUGCUAGCCCCCGACUCCGAGUUCUCCCAAACAUUAGUCAGCCGACAUUAUCAGGAGAGUAUCUACAGCACGACAUCAUGGUCUGCUUGCAACUGACUACAUUUGAGCCGAUGAAGGCCGUGACAAUGACUAUUUUGAUGUUAGUGUUUAUUUCCCCAUCUAUUAGGCCAGGAUCUGGCGUGAAGCAGACUGCAGCCUGCAGGCCUGUUUGCAGCGGGAGCGACUGCAUCGCUGUGAACCGGGACAGAGUGGAUUUUAAAACAGCCGAGGAAGCGUGCCGCGACAGGAAGGGAGAACUGAUGACGUGUGAGUCCGACGCAGAUGAGCGCACGCUUGACGCUUUGAGAGGAGAAUUGCUUGGAGACUUCUGGAUUGGACUGCAUCUACCAGCUGGGUCCUGCAGCAACCUUUCAGCUGCACUGCGAGGCUAUGAGUGGACGUCCGGUAGCGGGCACAGAAGCUUUAGUCCAGACUUCAGCCCCUGGAAAGACAGCGUUAAAGUCUGCUCUCCACGCUGUGUGUCCCUCUCCGGGGACAGAAAGUGGACCGAGAGGCUGUGCUCGGACGUAGCCGAUGGCUUCCUUUGCAAAACGAAGCACAAAGAUGCAUGCCGGGCGCUGGAACUAUCCGACCCGGACGUCAUCCAGAGCUCAGACGGCUGUGCAGGUGCCCCUUGUCAGCACACAUGCACGGAGGUAAAAGGAGGUUAUAUAUGCUCUUGUUUCACGGGGUAUGCACCAGACAGCAGGCAGCCCGGGCUGUGCAAAAUACACUGCGCACAGAAGAAGUGUCCUCCCAUAUGUGAGGGGAACGGCUUGUGCUUCUGUCAAGACGGCUUCGUGUUGGGCGAGACGUUUUGCGAAGACAUCGACGAAUGUCUGAGCGACGCGUGCGAUCAGGAGUGCGUCAACACUUUCGGGAGUUUCGCGUGCUCCUGCCGAGAAGGAUUUGUGCUGAAGGACCAACUCCGAUGCGUCGAGGGAGAGGGCGGUGCCGGCGCUGUUGUCACAACCGCCUUGGCCGCAGGCUUUGUUAAACCGGCCACCAUAGAUCAACCAGUGGGGGGUUCCUCAGCGCCCGCUGGGGGUUUUCUCUGGAUGUGGAUCCUGGCUGUGGUGGCCGUGGCGCUGCUCGUGGUCGUGAUCAGGUUUUACGUCGUGAAGCGUCAGAAGCGCCGAGAACAAAACUCCAAUCAGCAGCGUCCUGUCCCCGCCGGGCACAAUGUCGAGUGUUAAAUCCAGUCCGGACCACGAUGAGCACCCGAAUACUAGAAUAUGUAAAUACGUGGAAUGGAGGGGAGCUUUUUAUAGUAGGUAUUUUAGAAGUGGGCGGACUGGGGCUCUUUGUUAUUUAUCUGCAUAGUGAAAAGUAGAAGAUAAACAACUUAACACAAAAUAUAUGUAAUUUUAUACAUACUUAUGAACAAGUAUUGUGUUAUCGUGUUGCUGCUGUCGUGGAGCUGAGAGGUCGUUUGGUGUAGUCUUCACCGUUGUCAUUUUAUGAGUUUAGCAUGUGUUUAAAAAGAUAGGACUGUAAGAUGGAAAUCCUUUGGGUGCUCCUUAAAUAUUAAACUAAAUAUACUAUGUUCUCCUCAGCCCUGUCUUUACGGAGUAAACAUGCACAUGUGUGCAUAUGUUUGACUGUUGUGAAAUAUGAGUUUUGAAGUUGGUGAAAUGACGUACAAUAAGGGACACUAGAUGGUGACUUUGAGUGUAAUUUGGUGUUAAUUUAUGUGUCCUGAUAAGGAAAUAAAAUCUGUAUUAAUUCAUAACAAGACCACUUUUGUUCUUAGAGCGCCACCUACAGUUUUUAUUUCUCAUUUCAAUACUGGCAGACCUUUAGUUAGACAACCUGCAUUAUUCCAGACAAUACAUUUCCCAAAGUAAAAUAUGUAAUUUUCUUGGAGGACAUUUUGACACAGUAAAGCUGUAAAGCUGUGAUCAUUCAUUUAACUUAAAAUUUAAUUUACUUCAAAUACAUUUUUGUUUUAAACACUCGAGGACAGUUGAAUAUAACCAAAUUAUAUUUAAUGUAAUUAGUAACACCCAUAUUGUUGUUAUUAUUACAAGUCAUAUUGGACAAAUGAC